GUAAAGCUGUUAUCGAACAGACAGGAUGUUAGUUGGUUUACCGAUUCUAGGGCAGACUGUUUAAGUCGCAAGUCCGACACUGAGUGGAAAGGUGAGAGAAUUCAGUGAAUGUUGUAAAUAAGUGGAGAUGCAGCCCGUUAGAAGCGGGUAGACGCGGGGGGCUCGUCGCUGAUAUUGCACGCCGUGAAUUGAAUGGGAACCAUGAACGUCGUUGGCAGUUUACACCAUCACCCCGCCGUGCACGAGGGCUUUCCAUUCGCCCCAGGUAGCCGUUGCCAACAAGACCAUCCGUUUUUGCAGAGCUGGUUCCUAAAUCAGGGAGUUCUGUCCCCCGAUUACUCCAGCCAGCCUUCCCGCAGCCCCGAUCGCAGUGUUAACGGAGCGUUCUCCGAUCACGCCCGACAAGCACCAGGGCACCGCAGAGGAGCGGCCGUCACGAAGAAGGAGCGGCGCCGUACGGAGAGCAUCAAUAGCGCCUUCGCCGAGCUGCGGGACUGCAUUCCCAACGUCCCGGCCGAUACUAAACUAUCCAAGAUUAAAACGCUUCGGUUGGCUACUAGUUACAUUGCUUAUCUCAUGGAUACUUUGGCAAAAGACAGUCAGGUCGGGGAGACGGAAGCUUUCAAAGCGGAUCUGAAGAAAAUGGACAGUAGAGAAAGUAAACGCAAACGAGAGACGAACGAAACAAUGAGCGCACCCAAAAGCAGCAGCGACAAGAGACUGAAGGGGAGAACGGGGUGGCCACAGCAAGUCUGGGCUCUCGAACUCUGCCAGUGAAGCAGCGUGUAAUGUUGCACCAGAAUCCGGCAUUGCCCGAACUGAGCAGCGAAUCAAAGUGCAAUGUGAACUAUGUUACAAAGACUAUGAAAAGAGAAAUGAUCCUUUUUAAUCUAUUUUCGAAAGUCUCUGAAAGUUGCACAUUACUCAUUGAAGGAAGCCUCAAUGAGUUGGAUAAGCCUUCAAGAAAUGCUUUUCGGGAUCAGGAAUUCUGCCCGGCGACGGAUUUAACACACGGAGAUUUCAUUUGGUUUCGAAACUCUUAGUGGAGCAGGGAACAGCAUUUUCUUCUCUACUGCCUACUUCAUUGAUGUCCGAUUGGAACCUACACGAAUAAAUUCUCUAUUUAUAAUCCUCUGCGUUUGUAAACAGACUACACGUUAGUGUCCCGGACGCUUUGAGUUGGCGCUCCGGUCUUUCAAGAUUGUAGUUUUGCUCGGGGCCUGCAGAGUUACGUUGUCAGCAGGACCUGCUCUUUCAAUUUGAAUCCCGGUCUAUCAAGUUGCAGAAAGGGAUGCUUGGUGUACGAGGCUAUCACCGACCUCACACUUCCCAUUGCCCCUCGGUCAGUGCAGCAGAGUUGACCGACCAAGAUGUAAAGAGCCCAUGAUUCUGCCUCUGCCACACUUUGGUUAAUAAAUAAACUGUCUGCGGAGCUCCGCUCGUUCUCAUUAUUUUACAUAGACAGGGGUUUCGUUCAGGCCUGGCCCACAAUAGAAAUCCUGAUCGUUGGGGACUUCACCGUCUGUCUAGAAGACAAGCAAAUCAUGAAUUCCAGUGGUUGGAGAGCAGUGUCUCUUAAAACGCGAAAUGUUUUUGUUUCAGUUUAUCAUUGAACUCUAAUCAGAUAUGAUCUUAUCCGCACUGUCUCUACAGAGUCUAUAUAUAACUUUCAUAGUAGAAUCUAUUCUAGUAAUAUUGUCCCGCUGACAUCAUAGCACCCCAUUGGCACUGUAUGAUGGUCACACUGAAUUCUCCAGUACAUUAAUUCUCAAAUGAGCCACUAUGUAAAAAAACGUCCUUGAAUUGAUGCGCCUAAUACUAGAAGCUGGAUUGAUUUGGCCAGUUACUAAAUAUUUGUCAAAUAUCGGCUGAGAGGCAACGGCAAGUGACUGGAACACCGCUCUACCAUUCAGAGUUUCAAAGUUUUAGCUUAGUCAAUCAACGUCGAUCUCUCGUGGAUGCAUUAACUUCAAGAACCUGACAUCGCCAAGCUUUUGAAUUAUUAUAGUAUUUAUGCUUCGUAUAAAAUAAAUUAAAAUAAAUGUAAUAAAUUGUAAUAAAUAUGCUAAAAUUAUGAUCGAAUCGCCAAAUUAAUUUCUGGUUUCACUUCAAGAUCUGGAGCCGGGAUCUUGUUACAAAUACAUCUCCCUGAUUUUGAGUGUGGGUACAGAGCACAGAGCGAUCCAUUCACGCUGAUUUAUGCAGACAAGCCCAUGGACAGAGAUAACCCGACCGACAGUUCAGAAUUGGUAUAAUUAUCAUUAUUGCUGAUAUUUUUUUAUUAAUAAAAGGGCAAGAUAAACUAGAGCGAAGAACACUCACAAAAUGCUGGAGGAACUCAGCAAAACAGGUCACUUAUGAAAGUCACAAAGAGGAAUGCUCUCAGAUCAGAUCCCUGUGGAACACCACUGGUCACUGACCUCCAUACAGGAUACGAAUCAUCUACAACAAACUCUGCCUUCUGUGGGCAAGACAAUUAUGGAUCCACAAAGCAAGUUCUCCUUGGAUCUCAUGCCUCCUUACUUUCUGAAUGAGCCUUGUAUGGGAAACCUUAUCAAAUGCCUUACUGAAAUCCAUAUACACUACAUCCACUGUUCUACUUUCAUCAAUGUGUUUUAUUACAUCCGCAAAGAAUUCAAUCAGGCUCAUAAGGCAUGACCAGCCUUUGAGAAAGCCAUGCUGACUAUCCCUAAUCAGAUAAUGUCUCUCCAAAUGCUCAUAAAUCCUGCGUCUCAGGAUCUUCUCCUACAACUUUCCCAACACUGAAGUAAGACUUACUGUUCUAUAAUUUUCUGGGUUAUCUCUACUCCCUUUCUUCAACAAGGGAAUAAUGUUUCAGUGGGAGGAGAACAAUAGAAGGAGGAGGAGAAGAUGGCGGCAUGACACAGUUCGCAGCGACCACUCCGGUGGCGAUAUCUGUUAUUUGUCAAGUAGGGUACCGUGCACAAUCCUGAUUUGAUGGAGACAGAUGUGAGAGCACAGAGGAACAUCUGGUGAAACCUCUGAAAUGCCCGCUUUGCUGCCGCUGCUACUGUGUGGUCCAGAAUCUCCGGAGGGCAAGGCCCCGGGUCCUCGGCUUUGCUUGUUGUUCAGCGGCUGGGGUGAGGUCGAAGUGCUCGGCAGAGAAUGGUGCUCGGUGCUUGGUGUCCGAGGGCUGGUUGGAGGCUCAAAGUUUUCGGACAGACUCAGAGUCCGCUGCGGUCGGGUGCUUCCAAUGGUGCUGCAUCGGCAAGUUUGAGGCGCUCGGAGGUUCAUGGCAGGGAGAGUUUCUCCCUUCUACCGUCUGCAUGAGAAGAUCGGGCUAUCGGGACUUGAGACUUUUUUUAACCAUGCCCAUGGUCUGCUCUUUAUCAAAUUAUGGUAUUGCUUUGCACUGUUGUAACUAUGUGGUUUUGUCAGUAUUAGUCUUGGUUUGUCCUGUGUUUCUGUGAUAUCAUUCUG